AUGUCUCAGAUCAUUACUGUGUUUGGCGCCACUGGCAUUCAGGGAGGUUCCGUUAUCAAGAGUCUCCUUUCUGAUUCCACAUUGUCAGAAGAGUUCAGGAUUCGUGGGGUUACACGAGAUGUCUCAACUCCGGCCGCACAGGCGUUGGCCAAAUUGGCGGUCGAGGUCGUAAAGGGCGACCUAAGCUCGCCAUCCUCUGUUGCCGCAGCAGUCAAAGGCUCUCAUACCGUCUUCCUCGUAACCAAUUUCUGGGAGACGAUGAAACCAGAGGUGGAGAUCGCUCAAGGCAAGAACGUCGCCGAUGCAGCCAAAGCGGCAGGCAUCUCCCACCUAGUCUUCUCUUCGUUGAUCGGCGUGUCCAAGGCCACGGGCGGUAAAUUCAAAAACGUACCACAUUUCGACGGCAAAGCUGAGAUAGAAGAAUACAUUCGCGGCACGGGUGUUCCCUCUACUUUCUUUCUCCCGGGAUACUAUAUGGCCAACUAUAUUCAGUUGCUGAACAAGAAUGAGGAUGGGUCCUACACGCUAGCCUACCCCGUGGGCAAGGAUACGAAAUUCCCGCUCCUGGACGCACCCGCGGAUACUGGAAAAUUCGUCAAAUCAAUCAUCAAGAACCGCGAGAAGCUGCUUGGUAAACAUGUUCUGGGUGCUACUGACUACUACACUACUGGGCAAAUAGUGGCGGGAUUCUCAGAAGUCACGGGCAAGAAGGCAAGUUUCGUGCAGCUUACUGCUGAGCAAUACACUGCAGCCCUGCCUCCGAUUUUGGCACCGGCAUUGUUGGAGAGUCACUUGUUCAUUGAAAACCCUGGGUAUUUCGCGGGUGAAAGUCUGACGGAGAGUCUGGCGAUUCUGGAGGAGAAGCCUACGACUUGGAAGGAGUUUGUGAAGGGAACACCCGCUUUUAAUUAA